GAUGCUCAGCCACAAAGAGCGACUCGCGCGCUGGCCUGGGCUCUAGCCGAGGAGAGAUCCCGGGAGAACUCCAGAGCUCGCGGGGAGCGCUCCUCGGAAGACCGGGCUCAACAUGCCUGUUCGCAGGGGGCACGUGGCACCACAAAACACAUUUUUGGGGACCAUCAUACGGAAAUUUGAAGGGCAAAAUAAAAAAUUUAUCAUUGCAAAUGCCAGAGUGCAGAACUGUGCCAUCAUCUACUGCAACGAUGGGUUCUGUGAGAUGACUGGUUUCUCCAGGCCAGAUGUCAUGCAAAAGCCGUGCACCUGUGACUUUCUCCAUGGGCCCGAGACCAAGAGGCAUGAUGUUGCUCAAAUUGCCCAGGCGUUGCUGGGGUCAGAGGAGAGGAAAGUGGAGGUCACCUACUACCACAAAAAUGGGUCCACUUUCAUUUGUAAUACUCACAUAAUUCCAGUGAAAAACCAAGAGGGCGUGGCUAUGAUGUUCAUCAUUAAUUUUGAAUAUGUGAGAGAUGAAGAAAAUGCUGCUUCGCCAGAGAGGGUAAAUCCAAUAUUACCAGUCAAAACUGUAAACCGGAAACUCUUUGGGUUCAAAUUCCCUGGUCUGAGAGUUCUCACUUACAGAAAGCAGUCCUUACCACAAGAAGAUCCUGACGUGGUAGUGAUUGAGUCAUCUAAACACAGUGAUGAUUCCGUAGCCAUGAAGCACUUAAAGUCUCCCACAAAGGAAAGCUGCAGCCCCUCAGAAGCAGAUGAUACAAAAGCCUUGAUACAGCCCAGCAAAUGUUCCCCCUUGGUGAAUAUCUCCGGACCUCUUGACCAUUCCUCUCCCAAAAGGCAAUGGGACCGACUCUACCCUGACAUGCUGCAGUCAAGUUCUCAGCUGACUCAUUCCAGAUCAAAGGAAAGCAUUUGUAGUAUCCGGAGGGCUUCCUCGGUUCAUGAUAUAGAAGGAUUCAAUGUCCAUCCCAAGAGCAUAUUUAGAGACCGACACGCCAGUGAAGACAAUGGUCGCAAUGUUAAAGGGCCUUUUAAUCAUAUCAAGUCAAGCCUCCUGGGAUCCACGUCGGAUUCAAACCUCAACAAAUACAGCACCAUUAACAAGAUUCCACAGCUCACUCUGAAUUUUUCAGAUGUCAAAGCUGAAAAAAAGAAUGCAUCCCCUCCUUCUUCAGAUAAAACCAUUAUUGCGCCCAAAGUUAAAGAUCGAACACACAAUGUGACAGAGAAGGUUACCCAGGUUCUCUCUUUAGGAGCAGAUGUUCUACCAGAAUAUAAACUGCAGACACCACGCAUCAACAAGUUUACAAUAUUGCACUACAGUCCUUUCAAGGCCGUCUGGGAUUGGCUUAUUCUUCUGUUGGUCAUAUACACUGCUAUAUUCACUCCCUAUUCUGCAGCCUUUCUCCUCAAUGACAGAGAAGAACAGAAAAGACGAGAAUGUGGCUAUUCCUGUAGCCCUUUGAACGUGGUAGACUUGAUUGUGGAUAUUAUGUUUAUCAUAGAUAUUCUAAUCAACUUCAGAACAACAUAUGUAAAUCAGAAUGAAGAAGUGGUAAGUGAUCCAGCCAAAAUAGCAAUACACUACUUCAAAGGCUGGUUCCUGAUUGACAUGGUUGCAGCAAUUCCUUUUGACUUGCUGAUUUUUGGAUCGGGUUCUGAUGAGACAACAACAUUAAUUGGUCUUUUGAAGACAGCUCGACUCCUUCGUCUUGUGAGAGUGGCCCGAAAACUUGAUCGAUACUCAGAAUAUGGGGCUGCAGUUCUAAUGCUCUUAAUGUGCAUAUUCGCCCUGAUUGCUCACUGGCUGGCUUGCAUUUGGUAUGCCAUUGGGAAUGUGGAAAGGCCCUACCUGACUGACAAAAUCGGCUGGUUGGAUUCCUUAGGACAACAAAUUGGGAAACGUUACAAUGACAGUGACUCCAGUUCUGGACCAUCCAUUAAAGAUAAAUACGUCACAGCACUUUAUUUUACCUUCAGCAGUUUAACCAGUGUGGGAUUUGGGAAUGUGUCUCCUAACACCAAUUCGGAGAAAAUCUUUUCAAUUUGUGUUAUGUUGAUUGGCUCACUAAUGUAUGCAAGCAUUUUUGGGAAUGUAUCUGCAAUUAUCCAAAGACUAUACUCGGGAACUGCCAGGUACCACAUGCAGAUGCUGCGAGUAAAAGAGUUCAUUCGCUUUCACCAAAUCCCCAACCCUCUGAGGCAACGGCUUGAAGAAUAUUUCCAGCACGCAUGGACUUACACCAAUGGCAUUGACAUGAACAUGGUCCUAAAGGGUUUCCCAGAAUGUUUACAAGCUGACAUUUGUCUACAUCUCAACCAGACUUUGCUGCAAAACUGCAAAGCCUUUCGGGGGGCAAGUAAAGGUUGCCUUAGAGCUUUGGCAAUGAAGUUCAAGACCACCCAUGCACCCCCAGGAGACACCCUGGUUCACUGUGGGGAUGUGCUCACUGCGCUUUAUUUCUUAUCCAGAGGCUCCAUUGAAAUCCUCAAAGAUGACAUUGUGGUAGCUAUUCUGGGAAAAAAUGAUAUAUUUGGAGAAAUGGUCCAUCUUUAUGCCAAACCUGGAAAGUCUAACGCAGAUGUAAGAGCGCUCACAUACUGUGACUUGCAUAAGAUUCAGAGAGAGGACUUGCUAGAGGUUUUGGACAUGUAUCCUGAGUUUUCUGAUCACUUUCUCACAAACCUAGAGUUGACUUUCAACCUGAGGCAUGAGAGUGCAAAGGCUGAUCUCUUACUACGAUCACAGUCCAUGAAUGAUUCUGAAGCAGACAACUGUAAACUGCGAAGGAGAUUGUCAUUUGAUAGUGAAGGAGACAAAGAAAGCACUACAAAUGACCCUGAAGACUCUGUAGAUACCAUAAGACAUUACCAGAGUUCCAAAAAGCACUUCGAAGAGAAAAAAAGCAGAUCUUCAUCUUUUAUCUCCUCCAUUGAUGAUGAACAAAAGCCUCUCUUCUCAGGACUUGUUGAUUCUCCUCCAGGAAUAGGGAAAGCAACUGGACUUGAUCUUGAAACAGUGCCCACCUCAGGAAGAAUUCGCAUAGAUAAAAGAAGUCACUCUUGCAAAGAUAUCACUGACACAAGAGGCUGGGAAAGAGAAAAUGCUGGGACUCAGGCUGAUGAGUCUAGUCCCUCAGCACUUCAGCGAGCUGCCUGGGGAGUCUCUGAAACCGAAAGCGACCUCACCUAUGGAGAAGUGGAACAAAGAUUAGAUUUGCUUCAGGAACAGCUUAACAGACUUGAAUCCCAAAUGACUGCAGACAUCCAGACCAUCUUACAGCUGCUGCAGAAACAAGCCACUGUGGUCCCACCAGCCUAUAGUAUGGUAACUGCAGGAGGAGAGUAUCAGAGACCCACCAUCCGCCUGAUGAGAACCAGUCAUCCGGUAGCGUCCAUCAAGACUGAUCGAAGUUUCAGUCCUUCCUCACAGUGUCCUGAAUUUCUAGACCUUGAAAAAUCUAAACUUAAAUCCAAAGAAUCCCUCUCAAGUGGAGUGCAUCUGAACACCGCUUCGGAAGACAACUUGACUUCACUUUUAAAACAAGACAGUGAUAUCUCUUUAGAGCUUCACCCCCCAAGGCAAAGGAAAACUUGCCUUCAUCCAAUUAGGCAUCCCUCUUUGACAGAUUCAUCCCUAAGCACUGUAGGAGUCUUGGGUCUUCAUAGGCAUGUUUCUGAUCCUGGUCUUCCGGGGAAAUAA